UUUUUUAUUUUAUUUCCAUCUUCUUUUUCAUUCUUAUAACAAGAAAAAAAGAAAUAACCUAUUACAAUGAUUAUUAACGAAUACCGUGUCAUCAACAACUGUACAGAAGCAGAAUACCAAGUUGCUCAAUUGUAUGCUACUGCUCAAGCAUCCAAGGAACAAACGGGUGGUGGAGAAGGUGUUGAGGUGGUAAAGAACGAACCUUAUGAGAAGCCAAACGAAAAGGGACAAUACACCCAAAAGAUUUAUCGCUUGUCCUCUAAAGUGCCUGCUUGGGUUCGUGCAGUUGCACCUGCUGGUGCUCUUGACCUUUACGAAGAGGCUUGGAAUGCGUAUCCCUACUGUAAAACUGUUUUAAAGAAUGGUUAUAUGAAGGAUGCUUUCUCUAUUGUGUAUGAAACACUCCAUGUGGAUGGUUCUCGUGGUGAGUUGGAAAACGCACUCAAUAUUUCCAAGGAAGAUCUCAAGAAGCGUAAUGUGAUUAUUAUUGAUGUCGCUCAUGACAAGAUCGAUAGUAAAGAUUACAAGGCAGAUGAAGAUCCCAAAAUUUACCAUUCCGAAAAGACUGGUCGUGGUCCUUUAACUGACCCUAACUGGCAAAAGACCUGUGAACCCGUCAUGACCUGUUACAAGUUGGUCUAUAUUGAAUUCAAAUGGUUUGGUAUUCAAAGUAGAACCGAGUCCUUUAUCGCAAAGACUAUUCAUAACUUAUUCACCACGUUCCACAGACAACUCUUUUGUUGGACUGACAGAUGGUAUGGAUUGACCAUUGAAGAUAUUAGAGCCAUUGAAGAGCAAACAAAGAAAGAUUUAGAUGCCAAGAGAGAUCUUGGUACUCCCAAAUUAGACAAUUAGAAAAAUAGAUAAAAUAACAGUUUUUUUUUUUAUUCUCUCUCUCUCUCUUC